AUGGCUCAUACAAAGCAGACUGCCUGCAAAUUGACCAGUGGUAAAGCCCCGAGGAAGCUACUGGCUAUCAAAGCUGCUUACCGGAGUGCGCCCUCUACUGGAGGGCGCCUGGUGCCAGAGAUUGCUCAGGACUUCAGAACGGAUCUGUGCUUCCAGAGUGCAGCUAUUGGUGCUUUGCAUAAGGUAAGUGAAGCCUAUCUGGUUGGUCUUUUUGAAGAUACCAACCUGUGUGAUAACCAUGCCAAAAGUGUAACAAUGAUUCCAGAAGACAUCCAGCUAGCACACCGCAUACGUGGAGAACGUGCUUAG